AAAGCCCCAAAUAAAACCCCACACGCGGAUAUUUCCAAGAUGAGCCACUGUCAUCUUCUGAUCUUCUCCUUCCUCAGCGCACCCUCCAUGGCAAUGGCGCGCAGCAAUUGCUCCGCCUCUCCAUCCUCACAUUUCGCACGCAUGCUAAACCACCAAGUAGCUAGGAAAAAUCCCUCCCCUCUCUCCGUUCUCCUCUCUUCAAGCAGACAUCGCACAGCACAAUCGAUGGCAGCGACGCCGCUCGUCUGUGUUCUCCUCAUCAUCAUCUUCGGCACCGCCAACGCUGCUACCAGCAGCGGCAGCGUCGAGCAGGAGGCUGACAGGGUGGCCCGCCUUCCUGGGCAGCCGGCGAGCCCUGAGCUCUCACAGUUCUCGGGCUACCUCACCGUCGACGAGCGGCACGGCAGGGCGCUCUUUUACUGGUUCUUCGAGGCGCAGACCACUCCCGAGCACAAACCCCUCCUCCUCUGGCUCAAUGGAGGACCGGGUUGCUCAUCCAUCGGCUAUGGAGCUGCAUCUGAGCUAGGGCCUCUCAGAGUUGACAAAAAAGGAGAAGCACUGGAGUUCAACAAAUACGCUUGGAACCAAGAGGCUAACUUGCUGUUUCUGGAGUCUCCUAUUGGAGUUGGCUUCUCCUACACCAACACAUCCUCUGACCUUACCAAACUGAACGAUGAUUUUGUAGCUGAGGAUGCUUAUAGUUUCCUGGUGAAUUGGUUCAAGAGAUUUCCUCAGUACAAGGGCAGAGAUUUCUACAUAUCAGGAGAGAGCUAUGCAGGUCACUAUGUGCCGCAGCUUGCUAAUUUUGUCUAUGAUAGGAACAAGGACAAGACGGCCAACACAUACAUGAACCUCAAGGGCUUCAUGGUUGGGAACCCUCUAACCGAUGAUUACUAUGACUACAAAGGGAUCGCUGACUAUGCAUGGAGCCACGCAGUUGUGUCAGACGAAGUUUAUAAGAGUAUCAAGGAGAACUGUGACUUCAAGACCCCCAACUGGACGGAUGGCUGCAAUACCGCCAUGACAGUCAUCUUCGACCAGUACGAUCUGAUCGACAUAUACAAUAUCUAUGCCCCCAAGUGCCUCCUGGACCUUAACUCAUCAUCUUCCGCUAACCGAGCACUCUUUCCGAAUCAUCAGGGAGCGCAAUUCGGGAGGCUGAGGCGGUUAUUCUCGGGCUAUGACCCGUGCUAUUCGAACUACGCGCAAGACUACUUCAACAGGAAAGAUGUGCAGAAAGCAUUCCAUGCAAAUGUUAGUGGGCUGCUUCCAGGGAAAUAUCAAGUCUGCAGUGACCCCAUCCUGAACUCUUACAACUUCUCGGUGUUUUCGGUGCUACCUAUAUACACCAAGCUGAUCAAAGCAGGGAUGAGAAUCUGGCUCUACAGCGGCGACGCAGAUGGCAGGGUACCGGUGAUUGGUUCCCGGUACUGCGUUGAAGCGCUGGGUCUGCCGAUCAAAACCCCAUGGCAGCCCUGGUACCUCGACAAGCAGGUUGCAGGGAGGUUCGUGGAGUACCAUGGCAUGAGCAUGGUGACAGUGAGAGGGGCAGGCCACCUGGUGCCCCUCAACAAGCCCGCUGAAGGGCUGAAGCUCAUCAACGCGUUCCUCGGCGGCGAGCAGCUUCCGACGCACCGAUGAUUUGAGAUACAUAGAAGAUGGUAUUGUCUUACAAGAAAAACUGAGAUAUGGGCAGAAACAUAUGGGAGCUGGAGUGCAGGACAGUGAUAAGAAAUGGAGUUUAUAUGUUGCUGAAAGGUGCCAAUCGGAUGAAUUUCGGAUGGCCCGCUGCUUAUGGUUAAAUUCAUUUUGCCACGCUUAUUAGGUUCAGUAUUGUGUGUGUUGGCCUUAUACGCGAUAGGAACCGGCUGUGUCACGUUUUCUGAAAACAAGGAUGUGGCGACUACCACCGGGUGCGUGCUACCGAAGUAUGUAUCUGUGUCAUCUAAAAAAGAGUAAAAUACAUGGCUAGUA